CUCGCAGAGUUGGAGAAGGAAGGCUAGGGGGUGUGGAAAAAUAAAGGGAAAAGUCCUUGCACCAUGUAGAUAAGCGCCCCCUACCCUGGCACCCCGGCCGGCCCAGGACCUCCGAGUCUGCGGCCAUGAACGCAAGCAGCGAGGGCGAGAGCUUCCCGGGCUCCGUGCAAAUUCCAGGUGGCACGACGGUGCUGGUCGAGCUGACUCCUGACAUCCAUAUUUGCGGCAUCUGCAAACAGCAGUUUAACAACCUGGACGCCUUUGUAGCUCACAAGCAGAGUGGCUGCCAGCUGACCAGCACAUCCGGGGCUGCCCCCAGCACAGUCCAAUUUGUAUCGGAGGAAACAGUGCCUGCCACCCAGACUCAGACCACCACCCGAACCAUCACUUCGGAGACUCAGACGAUCACAGUUUCAGCCCCUGAAUUUGUUUUUGAACAUGGCUAUCAAACUUACCUGCCCACGGAAAGCAAUGAAAACCAGACAGCCACUGUCAUCUCUCUCCCUGCCAAGACACGCACCAAGAAGCCAGCAACACCCCCUGCUCAGAAAAGGCUUAACUGUUGCUAUCCAGGUUGCCAAUUCAAGACUGCCUACGGUAUGAAGGACAUGGAGCGCCAUUUAAAAAUUCACACGGGAGACAAACCCCACAAGUGUGAAGUCUGCGGCAAGUGCUUUAGCCGGAAAGAUAAGCUGAAGACCCACAUGCGGUGCCACACGGGCGUGAAGCCCUACAAGUGCAAAACAUGCGACUACGCCGCGGCCGACAGCAGCAGCCUCAACAAGCACCUGCGGAUACACUCCGACGAGCGCCCCUUCAAGUGCCAGAUCUGCCCCUACGCCAGCCGCAACUCCAGCCAGCUCACCGUCCACCUGCGCUCCCACACAGGGGACGCCCCCUUCCAGUGCUGGCUCUGUAGCGCCAAGUUCAAAAUCAGCUCGGACUUGAAAAGGCACAUGCGGGUGCACUCGGGGGAGAAGCCUUUCAAGUGCGAGUUCUGCAAUGUCCGCUGCACCAUGAAGGGAAACCUCAAGUCGCACAUCCGCAUCAAGCACAGCGGGAAUAACUUCAAGUGUCCGCAUUGCGACUUCCUAGGGGACAGUAAAGCCACGCUCCGGAAGCACAGCCGCGUGCACCAGUCAGAGCACCCGGAGAAGUGCUCGGAGUGCAGCUACUCCUGCUCCAGCAAGGCGGCGCUGCGCGUGCACCAGCGCAUCCACUGCACCGACCGGCCCUUCAAGUGCAGCCACUGCAGCUUCGACACCAAGCAGCCCAGCAACCUGAGCAAGCACAUGAAGAAGUUCCACGGGGACAUGGUCAAGGCUGAGGCGCUGGAUAGGAAGGACACGGGCAGGCAGAGCAGCCGGCAGGUGGCCAGGCUGGACGCCAAGAAGACUUUCCACUGUGACAUAUGCGAGGCCUCCUUCAUGCGGGAGGACUCGCUUCGCAGCCACAAGAGACAGCACAGUGAGUACAACGAGAAUAAGAACUCGGAUGUGACCGUCCUCCAGUUUCAGAUUGACCCCAACAAGCAGCCCACCACACCCCUCACUGUGGGCCACCUACAGGUGCCCCUCCAGCCCAACCAAGUGCCCCAGUUCAGCGAAGGGAGAGUGAAAAUUAUCGUCGGGCAUCAGAUGCCCCAGACCAACACCAUCGUCCAGGCCGCGGCUGCUGCGGUCAACAUCAUGCCCCCUGCUCUGGUGGCCCAGAACACAGAGGAACUCCCGGGGAACAGCCGGCUGCAGAUCUUGCGCCAGGUCAGUCUGAUCGCCCCCCCGCAAUCCUCGGGGUGUCCGAGCGAGGCGGGUGGCAUGACCCAGCCAACUGUCCUGCUGACCACUCACGACCAGGCAGACGGAGCCACCCUGCAUCAGGCUCUGAUUCCGACCGCCCCAGCCGGCCCGCAGGAAGGCUCCGGCAACCAGACUUUCAUCACCAGCUCGGGGAUUACUUGCACUGACUUUGAAGGCCUUAACGCUUUGAUUCAGGAGGGGACAGCCGAAGUGACCGUCGUGAGUGACGGCAGCCAGAGCAUUGCGGUGGCCACCACGGCCCCUCCCAUCUUCUCCUCCCAGCAAGAACUGCCCAAGCAGACUUACCCCAUCAUUCAGGGCGCCACCCACCCAGCCCUGCUCUGCCCAGCCGACUCCAUACCAGAUUAGUACUUAGGAAAGAAGGGGCAGGAGGAGGGACGAGGAGGAAAUGGGGAGUAAAGAGGCUUACGCCUCAUGUUUUUAAGGGCAGUUGUGCAUUCCCUCUUCCCCCCUCCCCCGGGCCCGUUAUAAAUUGUAAUUUUAUACUGCUUACUCUGAUUUUUAACAGUCACAACUUUGAAAUCACCUCAGAAUCGCCGUGUUGUAAUUAUUGUAAAAUCUUAAAGGUUGAUUCCAAUUAGGGUUGGAAUUAAAUGCAUUAAGUAGUGAAUUCAUUUGUUCAUUUCCAACUUGAUUUUCCAACUCUAAUAAACGAAGGGUUUUUUCCAUCUCAUUGAAUUUGUGUAGUAGAUGGUACUUCUCAGCUUUUCGUAAGCCCAUUCUGGAACACACCCCCGCCCCCGGAGUUUGGGGUAUUAGUGCUUUAGUACACGGAGCAAAUCUAUUGGCAUGAAGGACCAUUUUCUACAUAAUGUUACAUGGAUACUUGACAAAACAAAAAUGAUGUUUAGUGCUAAUGAGCAAAAGGAAUGGUUCCUUAAUAAAUUGAUAUCCAAUUAAAAUUUACCAAAUGUUAAUGAUCCUUUAGAGUCAAAGUACGGUUUGGAGAUAAAGUGGAAGGAGUAUGAGUUUUUAUAUAAUAAAGGAAGACUUGAAGCAGUCACAAACGUUUUUUGU